GCGACUGGCACCACCGGAAUGUCAGGGAGAGGAUCCGGAAAAGCCACCAGUUUUAUUCCUGAGCUUCAGAGUAUGAUGUUUGCCUUGGGAGAUUCCAGACGGCCCCUGCAUGAGACUGCAGCUCUAGUUGAAGACAUAGUUCACACUCAGCUCAUUAAUUUGCUCCACCAAGCUGCUGAAGUGGCCCUUCUCAGAGGAGCCAGGGUCAUCUCCCCUGAGGACAUCAUUUUCCUUAUGAGGAAAGACAAGAAAAAAUUGCGGAGGCUACUCAAGUACAUGCAGUUCCGAGACUACAAGUCUAAGAUUCUCAAAACCAUAGAUGACGAUGAUCCUCUGGAUUCAGACAAAUACAGCAGCAGCAGCAGUGUCAACAAAAGACAGAGGCUGGCACAAGACUUCCUGAGCUCUAUCGACCAGACGGGGGAAUUCAUGGCCCUGCUGGAUGAGGAGGAGGUGGAUGAAGUCAAACAGGAGAGGAUGGAGAGACUUGAAAGACAAACAAGAACUAUGGAUGCAGCACAGUACAGCGAAUUCUGUGAGAGCCGCCAGCUCAGCUUCUCUAAAAAGGCUUCCAAAUUCCGUGAGUGGCUGGAUUGUAGCAGUCUGGAUGUGAAGCCUAAUGCUGUUUCCAUGGAGAUCUUGUCAUACUUGGCCUAUGAGACUGUGGCCCAGAUUGUUGACCUUGCCCUGCUAGUAAAACAAGACAUGACCCCCAAAACUGGUGACCCUUUCAGCCAUGCCAUAUCAGCAACCUUCAUCCAGUACCACAACUCCUCUGCUGAAAGUGCUGCUGCCUGUGGAGUGGAGGCUCAAAGCAAUGCCAUCCAGCCCGCCCACAUCAGAGAAGCCAUCAGACGCUACAGCCACAAGAUUGGCCCACUCUCCCCCUUCUCAAGUGCCUACCGCAGAAACGGAAUGACUUUCCUGGCCUGCUGAAGCAGAAAGAGAAGAAAACGGAGUAAUAUGGCAGAGG